AUGGUUAGACGCAUCAAUAAYGCGCGUAAAUGCGCAGCUAUACUAGAAAGAGAAUACCAUCACAKGACUUUCCGCAGCAUAGGCAAGAAGUAUAACAUCUCGAAGACAUCUGCACAUCGUUUUGUAAAGGAUGAAGUGAGAAUUUUAUACCCGAAAACCGCGGAAACGAAACGUCGUGGUCGCAAGAGAAAGCUGUCAGAACSUGAUGUACGUCAGCUGGAUAGGVCUGUWAAAGACCUAAGGYGGAACAAUGUGAAUUUUACUGCUAUGGAUGUCGUAAAACAUGCAGGAUUCAAGGGUGACGARRCUCAUAAACGUACAUUCACCAGGUAUUUGAAUAGCCUGGGAUACAAAUAYCUGAUUACUAGGAGGAAGGGUUUGCUAUCAGAUGUUGACAAGACGAAGAGAUUGCAAURUGCUCGUGCUAUGCUAAAGCUAUUACAAGAGUAUCCAAGCUUUUAUAUAAAUCAUAUUGGAUUUUAUCUUGAUGCAGUCUCGUUUGUACACAAAUAUAAUCCCUUUCAAGAAUCGACAAGUCCUAAGGGAAGGGUGUGGCGCAAACAAGGAGAAGGUCUAUGUAUCACAGCCAAAGGCAAUAAGUCUUUAGCCGGAGGACGUCGAGUUCACAUGAUGGUGGUUAUUGCUUAUGGUAAAGGCGUUCUCGUGACAGAGGACUAUGAACACAUGAACGGUGCUUAUUUCGCGCAAUUUGUUCGCGAUCGUAUGAAAUUAAUUUUUGGUCUAGCAGGGCCGAAGCAUAACUCAUUAAGACUGUUUGUUAUGGAUAAUGACCCCUCUCAAAACAGCCAUAGAGCAUUAUGUGAAAUAGAAAAAAUAGAGGCUGAAAUUCAUGCAAUUCCUCCACGAUCUCCUGAUCUCAAUCCAAUUGAAAACAUCUUUAAUACCGUCAAAACCGACUUAGAGAAGGAAGCUAUUUCAAAAAUGAUAACUAACGAGUCAUUUGAUGAAUUUAAGACGAGAAUAAAGGAAGAAUUUCAUCGAAUUACUACACAUGAAGUGGACAAAACUAUCAAUACUAUGCCAAAGCGUCUACAAGCAAUUGUAAAGAGUAAGGGAAACAGAACAAAAUAUUGA